AUGGUUCGCUUGGAAGUGCUGCUUUUGUAUUUUCUAUCCUGGCUUGGAGUAGCCUUAGGAAGAAAUGAGACUCGACACAUUUCAAGCGACCUGUUCAACUCACUCGAGGAGUUAUCACGGAUAGUAGACAUCUCCUACUGCGUGAGCACAACUGGCAUCCAGGAGCCAUUCCAGUGUUUGAGCCACUGUGCUGAAUUUCCUAACUUAGAGCUAGUUACUACAUGGAGUACCAGAGUCCUUCUCUCUGACUCAUGCGGCUAUAUCGCAAUCUCCCACUCUCCCGGCCCCAAGCGCAUCAUCGCUGCCUUCCGCGGGACUUACUCAAUUACAAACACGAUUAUAGAUCUCUCCGCAGUUCCACAAUCCUAUGUGCCAUACCUUGGAGAUGGAACCCCGGGGGAUGGGGAACAGACAACCAAACUGAACUCUUCCGCGCCACGAUGUGAAAACUGUACCGUCCAUGCCGGGUUCUUGAAAUCAUGGAUCAACACUCGUCCCACUGUGCUAUCCCACCUAGCAGAAGCGCGAGAGAAGUAUCCCGACUAUGAGGUCACUCUGGUAGGGCAUUCCCUUGGAGGCGCUGUGGCAGCGCUAGCGGGCCUAGAAAUGCGCCUUAAGGGCUGGAAUCCAGAAGUCACCACGUUUGGUGAGCCGAUGGUCGGCAAUGCGGCGUUCGUGGGUUUCCUUGACGAGCAGUUCCAACUGGGGAACUACAGCAAGCCCACAGGCAAUACAGAAGGCCAACGAUUCCGCCGUGUCACUCACGUCGAUGACCCCGUGCCUCUUCUCCCACUCCGAGAAUGGGGGUACGCACCCCAUGCCGGGGAAAUAUACAUUUCCAAUCCGGAUCUUCCUCCAUCCGUUGAAGAUGUCCAUUUAUGCAUUGGCAACGAGGACCCUCAAUGCAUUGCAGGGUCUGAGAUACCUUCUGCGCUAAGCAACAUGCUCAAGGAUGUUGAUAUACCCCUUGAUGUCUUCAACUCAGAUCCAGAUCUCUGCUCUAUGUACGAGGGCGUCCCUGAUACGCAACCUGGCCAGCAGGCCGUGCUAGGAAAGCAGAAGCCUGCAGACUGCGCAUCUCGUGACGAGACAAGGUCAUUAUACCCUCGCCGCUGGAACUGGUCCGUGAUUCCGGCAAGAUAUCGACUUUGGGAGCUCUUUUAUGCCCACCGUGACUACUUCUGGCGCAUUGGAUUGUGUGUACCUGGUGGAGAUCCAACUGGAUAG